UUCCGGCUCGCGCCUGCUCACUCGCUUUCCCCCUCGCUUUCGUUUCUCCGGCCCGCGCUGCAGCGAGGCGAGGGCGCGGGGCUGGCCGUGCCAGGCUUCUGUUUGCACGGAGAACUUGACCCGCAGGAGGUGCGCAUCUGCAGCGCCAGCCGAAGCGGCGGGACGCCAGGCGCGGCGCCGAGAUUCCGAAGGGCUUCGACGGGGCCGCUCGGACCGGGACUGCCUCCUCGGCCAUCCGGGCGCUGCUCCGGCUGGUCGUCUGAUUAACUCGGCGCUCCCGCCACGUGAUUCCUGGGAAGAGGCGCGGCGAGGGGAGCCGGCGGCGCGGCGGCCUCGAGUUUCGCUUUGGUGCGCUCGACGUCCUCGGCGCGGCCAUGGCGGAGCUGCUGCGGGCGCCGUCGGUGCCUUCGCUGAGCGGCUUGGAAGAGGAGCUGACCUGCUCCAUCUGCCUGUGCGUCUUCGAGAGCCCCGUGACGACGCCCUGCGGCCACAACUUCUGCCUGCCCUGCCUGGAGGUGACCUGGGGCGGCGGGGCGGGCCCCUUCAGCUGCCCCCAGUGCCGGAGCGCCUUCGCCCGCCGGCCGGAGCUCAAGAAGAACACGGUGCUGUGCCGGGUGGUGGAGCAGCUGCACGGCGCCCCCGCGGGCGAGGCGCCUGCCCCGGCGGAGAAGGGCGGCGGCAGGCUGCCCGGCGUGGCCUGCGACAGCUGCCUGGAGGCGGAGGCGGCCCAGACCUGCCUCACCUGCAUGGCCUCCUUCUGCGCCGAGCACCUGCGGCCGCACCGCGACAGCCCGGCCUUCCAGGGCCACGAGCUGUGCCUGCCCGUGCGCGACCUGCAGCGCAGGAAGUGCCGCGCCCACGGCAAGCUGCAGGACUUCUACUGCACCGAGCACGCCGCCUGCAUCUGCUGCAUCUGCCUGGUCACCCACAAGGCCUGCGCCGCCCUGCCCGUGCCGCAGGCCAAGCAGGCCAAGGAGUCUCAGUUGAAGAACAGACUGACAGAACUGUAUGCUCUAAAUGAGAAAGCUUCACAGUCCUUGGACCAAGUACGGGUGCAGCAAAAAGGAAUCAGUGAGAUUGCUGCCCGCAAAUUGGAUUUGCUGAGGGCAGAGUUCCAGGAAAUUAUAACGUUAAUCACAGAAGAAGAAAAAAACUCAAUAAGCAAGGUUGGAGCAGAGGAGAAAAGAGUUCAAGAGAAGUUUGAUUAUGUCUAUAAAAUCCUUGGCAAGAAGAGAGAUGAAAUCCAGGGGGAGAGAGACCAGAUUGAGAUGAUCUUGACAGAAGAUGAUGACAUAACAUUUUUAACGAAGGCAGAUAAACUGCGACAGUCCUCUAUCAAAGAUGUCUUCAUCCCCAGGAUAGAUCUAGAUCAAAACUUGAUACAUACGGUUUAUCAAAAAGCCUUUGGCCUUAAAGAAGUUGUAAAGCAGUUUGUGGCUCAGCCCCAGGAGAAGAAAACAGAAGGAAGUGCACCCUCGAAACCUAAGCCAUUCAUCCCAAACUCACAACCUGGAAGAAACCCUCCAUCACAACCAGCAAAAAAGAACACUGUUUCAAAUGCUUCAAAAGAUACUUCUAAGUCUUCGCAGGACUCCAGUGCAGAGGAUGCCGCCGAAUCCAAGCACAAAAGGCGACCUGCUAAACGCACAUCAAGUCCUACCCAGAGAGCGCGAAGUUCUAGCAGACCUCAGCCUGGGACUCCAUCAUGGACUCUGGAAUCCUUUUUAUCUAAAUCAAGAGAGGAGCUCCUCGAAUUUGCUGCAAAAUUCACUUUGGAUUUCCAUACCGCACACAACAAGGUGAUUUUAUCUGAACGAAGCACUAAAAUGUCUGUGUCGGACACCCCCCAGAAUUUCCCUCCACACCCUCAGCGCUUCACGUACUGCUCCCAAGUGCAGAGUUUCCAGUGUUUCAAGAGAGGGAUCCAUUACUGGGAGGUGGAGCUGGAGCGCAACAACUUCUGUGGCAUCGGCAUCUGCUACGGGAGCAUGGCCAAGGAGGGGGCUGAAAGCCGCUUGGGGCGGAACAGCAGCUCAUGGUGCAUUGAAUGGUUCAAUGCCCGAAUUUCAGCUUGGCACAACGAUAUUGAGAAGUGCCUGCCCAACACCAAAGUGAAAAAGAUUGGGGUCCUGCUGAAUUACGAGGGUGGCUUUGUGAUUUUCUUUGGUGUCAGUGAGAAAAUCAGUCUCCUCUACAAAUUCCGAGCUCAGUUUACUGAAGCCCUGUAUGCUGCCUUUUGGGUGUUCUCCAGUGGAACCACCAUUUCGCUCUGCCAGUUGAAAUGAGUGGCUGAACAUACAAACAUGUGCUUUCUCUAGUCAUUUGCAUGCUGAACCCAUCUCUCUUUUUAUAUUAGAAUCUAGGUUAGCAUACAGCUUUAUUGUUGCAGUCAAAGCAAAGUUGCCCGGUUUUGAAACUCGCUCGCAUUUGAUUUCUGACAAGUCCAGGGCUACUUAAAGCCAAGAGCAUAAUUCAUGAAGUUCCUCGCUGAGAUAAUCCUCGCUGAAAUGUCUUUAUAGAACACCAACUGUCCAUUUCAGUGACACUUGCCUAUGGAAGGCUGCAGACAUUGUGCAUUUUGAGUGCAUUUUGAAAGCAAGGGCAGGCCUGUCUAAGCAGCAGAUUUCUGUGCUUCUGAUCGGGUGUCGUGGGACACAGUUAGGAAGUUGACGGUGGGGUUAUUUCUUUUCACGUCAUUGUUGUCUGUGUGUCCUACAAUCCAUUGCAUUUCCUUUGUUAGAAAGGUAGGCAAAAGAAGGGAGGGGAUAGACACACACAGACCAGCCCUUCCAAACAGUAUUUAGAAUGUGUUUUGAGCUUCUUCAGUGAACUACAAAGGACUUCAGUUUUGAUGAAUGAGAGCAGGGUUUGGGUUUCUGUUCUUGUAUCAUAUAUUGUUAAUUCUAGUCUCGGCUAAGGGCUGGGCACAUAGAAUUUUGAAAGCAUGCUGGGUUGAGGAUGGACACUCUUUAAAAAAAGUUCUGAGUUCAAGAGCGCUUCCUAACCAGCAGUGCUUUUACAAAAGAACUUCUGAAAUGUUCUAAGGGCAUUUUUAUCUUGGUGCCCGUAAAGAUAAGUUCCUUUGUAUCCCAUAAGCCCUUCUCUUAGCUCAAUUCUGUUCUUCAGAGUCACACAGAGCAAAAGAGCUAGAGCUGUGGAGGGCCUUAGACAACAUGUAGCAUGUGAAAACCACGAGUUAUGAAGAGGAUUUUUUGCUGCAUUUUCAUGGUUUACAGAUAAGCCUUCACUGGAAAGGGGAGAAGUCAUUAGAAACAGCUCCCUUAAAUCUUUGUGAAAUAGGCUCCAGCUGUGGUUGACAACUUGAGAGGAAGUCGUAACAUUCCCUGUAAUGUUUGGAGGGAUACUGGCAAGAGGCUGUGGAUGAACAGAUAGUAUAUCGGACACACCUUUAUUGCCUGGAAGUCCUGCUCUCUGCUUACAGCUCUUGUUCAGUCUCUCUUGUUUGUCACAAGCAGUUUCUCAAGCAAAGUCGCUGGCAGCAUUUGGCCAUGGAACCAAAUGUUUAAAGAUCACUCAUAAUGACUCCCUGCAAACUCACAGAACUUUACCUGAACCAGGUGGAAGCAUGUUUCUGAACAGUCCCUCCCACUUGGCACGCUUAAAUGGGAAGCAGCCUGGAAAGAGUCCAGGGAUGUGGCGGGGCUUCCCUUUUUUGACUUUGAACAUGAUACAGCCUGGAUCUGACAGUGGUGCAUCCCUGCUACGGUGGAUCACUUGGCAGCUCUUUUUUGUACAGUUGAAACAAGCUGGGCACAUACGAGAGUCAUACUGGCAGAGUUGUCUAUCUUAUGCCUCUAGUUUGUAGCCCACAAGAGCUGACUUGCCUUUCCUCAACCACAUAAGGUCUUGGGAAAGGGCUUGACCAAAUGUGUUGAUUUAUGAAGCUCUCCGCUUGGAGGACAUCAUAUGCUGCAAAGUUUAGGGAAGCGCAUGCGUUAUGGCUUAAGUAAAAUAAAACUGGAGAAUGCUGGUAGCAUCAACAUGAUGUAUGUCCUGAGAAAACUGGUCUCUUUAUAAGAAAAUCUUGCUAGGGCUCUUCCCUUGAUCAAUUAGGGGGGAGGGGCACUUUAGAGCACUGUUAGUGAAGAAUAAUUAUCUGAAAAUUAGUGAUAGAAUCUCCAGUAUGCCUUGAGGCUGACUGUUAUUGCACCAAAUGGUUUCUUGAAACAACUUCUGAAACCCAAGAUGUAAAAAUCACAAAGAUGGGAAAUGUACUACACAGCUUGUCCAAAUGUCACUGAGAAGAAAGCGGGGCUCCAGACUAAACUUAGGAAAGCUGUAACAGAUGAGAGCCUGAAGCAGAAGUGAGCUGAAUAUAAGGUAGAAAAGGGAAUCAUUAGAACUAAACUGCAGCAUGGCCAUAGGGCAAAAUCACCAGCAUUUGGUCCACCAGCAAUAGGGAGAUGAGGACUGAUGGAGGGCUAAAUCUUUUCUGUGUAAAAUAGAUUUUCCUCCAACAUGGCACACCAUUCCUCGGUAUCCUGGAGUUAAGGAGUCAUUCCUCCACUGUAGGCCUUACUUAUUUCCCGGAGUUGAGGAAUUUUUCCUGUCAUGGGGAAAUACUUUGUGUCUCUCAGAGGCCUGUGCCCCCUGCCCCCCCCCCCGGUCACAUUCUACAUUGUAUUCUAGAUACUCAUCUGACGGAUAACAGAAACUAGGCACGUUUUUCUGUGUUUAGAAAUAAUUCUCUCAUAGGAUCCAAGGCACAGUGGAUCCAGUCUGCUGUAGCUAAGUUUUGCACAGUGUGGAAUAUGCUCUGGUGAUUUAGCUGGUGUUUGAGUGCUCCUGGGCUUUGAUUUUUGGGAGGAUUUUCUAUUCCUUUAGAUAGAUCAGUUCCUUCUCUCUUUGUUGCUUUUAUUCUUCAGGCCUGGUUGACUAGGUAGAGUUUGAUUUUAAUUAUCAAUCUAGAGAGACUUAAAGGAGAGUAUGAUUAUUUUCAAAAUGGAAAAUCGGGCUGUGUUCUUAGCCAAGAAGAGUGUUGGGCAAGGCAUCCUGCAGGACAGUAUCAAUGGAUAGGAUCUCUAGCCAAAGUUAGACGUACCUGCCCCUCUCGUUUCAGUGGGACAGACCAUGAGUUCAACUCUGCCUUGUCUGGAUAGUGCCCAGAGAGAUCCGUAGGCUUUCAGUCUACGUAAAAAAGCUCCUUGAAGGCUAAUCUAGCGGCUGUGCGUGUAUUAUGUGGAUAACUCGAUUCUGAUGAUCUUCCAUAGGGAUUGUAAAUCUUGACGGAAAAUAUAACACUGGGAAAUGAACUGGUACUAUUUUUGGAAUUAGCAGAAAUUUGGGGAGAUGGUUUCAGCAUGUAUGAAUAUUCAGAACAGAAGUUUGGGGUGGGGGGAGCUAAAGUCCAAACUGUCAAAUCCAUGUUAACUGCUGCACAGUGUAAUAUUUAAAAUGAUGUUAAAUGAUUUAAAUAGUGCCUGGUGAUGCUUCUACUUCAGAUCAGUUGUUGUUAAAUUGUUGAACUGUGGUAGCUUUAAAAAGCACAGUUUGAAAAGAAAUGCUCAGCUGUGCCAUAUUUUGCCAUUUGUCAAAUGUGUUUUUUCUUGGUUUGUAAUCAGUCAGCUGCCUUUAGAAAAGUUCAAUUUUAUCAUUGUGAUGCUUCCAAAAUCUUCUAUCUCAUGUCUCAGUCCAAUAUAAAUUCAAGAAAGUUUGAUUGCAAUCUUUACCAUAGAGUGAUUUGUUUGAAAAAUUUAAGCAUAUUGCACGGUAGCAUAAUUUUAAAUUGUGGAGAUUUCAAUCACUGUGAGAGGAGGAUAAUGUUCGUUUCAAAUAACUGAUUUAAAUAAAAUGUCCAUUGUUAUCUAGAUAUAAAACAACUUGUGUUAUGGUUAUAAAGCAUGUGGAUUGAAUCUGAAUAGUCUUUAUACAGCUUCAGAAAAUACACUGUACAUUUAACUCACUAUUAGUAUUUUAAAAAGUGAUAUCUUAAAAAUAUGCAAUGUAUCUUUACUAACAGCGUGACCCCAAGAUUAAGGACUCUUACAGCCUUCAGCCAUGCCAGGGUUUUGUAAACAAGCGUUGGUUGGAAUCUACACUACAAGGUUCUUGCCAAUAUUCCUUUUGGCUUUAGUUUGCCCCACCUCACAACAGCUACCCAACCAAGCAAAUGAUACUUGUAGUGGUAGGCCAGAUUUGGAUAGAAUUGGACCCAGAUGGGCAAUACCUGUGGUGACCUCCCCCAGUAUGCAGCCUUGAUGUAAGUACAUAGUGCUUUAUGAUAACCAAGGAAGAUACUUUUUACAAAAUAUUUUCUUAACAAAGAUAAGCAGCCUUUUAAAAAUGUCAUACAUUGUUGUAGGCGAUUAUUUGAUUUCUUCAAAUCAAGAUUUUAUUACCCAAGUUGUUUAAAAAGAAACUAGGUUUUUAAUAUUUAUCUUUCAUCAGUUUGUCUCCAUCCAGGCACAUUCCUUUGUAUGAAGGGAUGAACAUGGGUUAAUAUGACCAAAACAUUUCUCAAGUUGCUCGCAGGAAAGCUCAAGUGGAACUGAGAUGGCUUUGCUUCAAGGAAAUGUAUUGGGUUGCGUCUGAUGUGUCCCACUUCAGCUUUGUGCAUCGUUAUCCUCUGCAGAAGUGGUCCCCUUGCACACCUUGCUCAGGCAGAAUAUAUUCUUGUGCAAGUGGGAAGUGCCUAGCACCAAAGCACCGCCUCCCCAACAGAGGACAACAUGAGUCAGGCAGGUCUCAACGAAAACGUCCAGUCCGUUUUCAAUAGAGGCUGAAUGUGUGGAAAUGGGAGGUUGAAGCUUUUCAUGGCAUUGAGGCAAGAAACAUCUAGUAUAUAACAUUGCAUGAAACCUGUUUUAAGGGACAGGGCAUAAUUUUUAUCCGGGCCUGUUGAUAACCCUAGCAUCUCCCUUCCAGUUGUAAUAGCAUUAACUCCACAAGGAUGUCAACAGUAAUUAGGGUUAGUUUCAAACGCUGGUUCCAAAAUCUUAAGUAGAAGCAGCAAUUCUGUCACUGGGUGGUUGCUUUGAAAAUACCUGUUUUGUAAAGGUUUUCUCCCUUCAUGUGAAAUAGGCUUAACCAGCUUAGCAUGUGUGUGGAUUUUUCAGAAAGUGUACAAUAUCUUUGGUCAGCUUCUGUUUUCCUCUCAACCCAACCCCCCCCCCCCCCCCGCAACAUCUCACUGCUUUCGGUUCUCCUUCUCUGCAUUAAAUUGAGGGGCACCUACUUCUCAAAUAAUAUGUCAGUUAAAAAGAUGUCACAUUAUGGCUGUGGUAUAGCUCCCAUUCAAAGUCUAUGUCAUUUAGACUUUUAGCAGCAGCUAUUUUGAACUUCUUAAUGAGAAUAUUUUUGAAUCGUACUCAGCCAAGUAGAGCUGUAAAAAAACAGGUUAUUUUAAAAGCCAAUUAAGUGUGGCCUAUUGGAGCCCUCCCCAUCAACUUUUUUUCAGGCCUUAUCACUGACGUCCAUCUCUCAAGUCUUUCCCAGGCUGCUAUCAGGUGCCAUUAUAUUGUAAAUAAUGUGUUUAUUAAAGCUGUUUAUUAGA